GUUCCCGUGACUCGCCAUAGAAAACAAAGCUGAACGUCUUCCAUAACAGCUAGGGGUGCAGACUUGAGGAAUAUCCGAAUUUAUUCUGGAUACAUCAUGCUGAAUAUGGAUUUACAGUGGGUGUAGCAACGUUGGAGACCGAGCCUUCUCGGCUGGGGUGACGGCAGGACAUUAGCAAAGCCGACGAAAAUAACAUCAGUGUUUUUUUUCUCGGGGUGCUUUGUCUUGUCCACCUAACGUUAGCAAACCAUCAUUCCCAUUUCAAUCGCAAGAUAUUCAGCUAGUGACUACUAGCUGCCGCCGGGAUGUAUCAUCAUGUUGUCACCUAAAAGUAACUGCUAGGACGUUGGAUUGUGAAGGAUAAGCAGAAAACCUCUCCGAGGUCCCAUCGGGUUGUCACCGGGACCUGAAUCUGUCUUAGCCACAGUCGCGGAACCCACUGUUUUCGGCGAUAUGGCGGAGCAGGGCUACUCAUCUUGGGCGUACUCCCUAGUUGACUCCAGCCAGGUGUCCACCUUCCUCAUCUCCAUCCUUCUCAUCGUCUAUGGCAGCUUCAGGUCAUUAAACAUGGAUUGUGAGAACCAGGAGAAGGAUAAAGACGGCAACCCCACGACAACGGGGGCUUUCAAUAACAGCAACACAAACAACAGUAUUCAGACUAUAGACUCCACACAGGCUCUGUUCCUGCCCAUAGGAGCCUCUGUGUCUCUGCUAGUCAUGUUCUUCUUCUUCGACUCGGUACAGGUGGUCUUCACUAUCUGCACUGCAGUUCUUGCAACAAUUGCAUUUGCAUUCCUCUUGUUGCCAAUGUGCCAGUAUCUGACCAGACCCUGCUCCCCACAGAACAAGAUUUCCUUCGGCUGCUGUGGGCGUUUCACUCUGGCUGAGCUCCUGUCCUUCUCCCUCUCUGUUAUGUUGGUGCUCAUCUGGGUGCUGACCGGACACUGGCUUCUCAUGGACGCUUUAGCCAUGGGCUUGUGUGUCGCCAUGAUAGCCUUUGUGCGGCUUCCCAGUCUGAAGGUGUCUUGCCUGCUGCUGUCAGGACUGCUCAUUUAUGAUGUGUUCUGGGUGUUCUUCUCAGCCUACAUCUUCAAUAGUAAUGUGAUGGUUAAAGUUGCGACCCAACCUGCUGAAAAUCCCAUAGACGUUCUGUCCAGGAAGCUCCACUUGGGGCCGGGAAUGGGCCGCGACGUCCCCCGUCUCUCCUUACCGGGCAAACUGGUCUUUCCCAGCUCCACAGGAAGUCACUUCUCGAUGCUGGGAAUAGGAGACAUUGUGAUGCCGGGGCUGCUGUUAUGCUUUGUCCUGCGCUAUGACAACUACAAGAAGCAAGCAAAUGGGGAAGUCCCAGGACCUGGAAACAUGUCCGGACGCAUGCAGCGCGUCUCCUAUUUCCACUGCACUCUCAUCGGAUACUUUGUGGGUCUGCUGACUGCCACCGUGGCCUCCAGGAUCCAUCGUGCUGCUCAGCCUGCUCUGCUCUACCUGGUGCCCUUCACCCUGCUGCCUCUGCUCACUAUGGCCUACCUGAAGGGGGAUUUGCGGCGCAUGUGGUCCGAGCCCUUUCACACCAAGACCAGCAGCUCCCGCUUCCUGGAGGUAUGAUGCACCCUGGGAUAAACGACCAGUGCGGGGAGGACUGCGGAUCCUUUACCUUAAUUAGAGGAAAGGA